AUGUCUGAUCCUGUCCACCCCCAGGAACUCCAGUUCUUCACCACUGAGGAUGGCCGCCAUUCCUAUCCGUGUCGUCCAUGUGGUCAGAGUCCAAAAGCAGAGCAAAUCAAGAUCGGGCAAAGAACUGUUUAUUUCAGAAUCUACAAGGUCAAGGAUAACGGUGUUAUGCCCUUUUGGAACUCCAAAUCGUUAUGGAAAGUCAUCCGUUUCUGCGAUGAAAAUUGGGAAGUUAUUCACCAUAUUAACCAGGAAGACUGUAAAAGCAAGUCCCGUGCUCGUCUGCACCAACGUCGAACACCGUCAGUGUACCACGAGCUUCGUGCUAGAUCCACUUUCGAAAGCUCCGACCUCGCUGUCGCCUUCAAACACUGGUACAUGGUCCGACACCACCAAAUUCCUUGUCAAACGGAAGAUACCUCAAUAUUCGCUGCUUCAAGACUUCAAGACUCGUACACGCGUAUUCUCAGACAACAACCUUCGCCCUGCCACAACCUAUCGACGUCCGAUGAGCAAGGACACGGCGUCUUGAAUGUGGUGCUAUUCUAUUCUAUUUCUGUGGAACUCGGGUGGAGGGUGCACGGGUGCAAUACUUGGGACGGUCGGACGUACCCCCAGAGCAUUCUUGGUGACGAUGUUUGUGCUGCUGCAAUGCACCGGGGUCCGGCAGGUGUUCUGCUAUCGAUUGCUGCUGUAAAUUCCAGCAAAUUGUCAAAGUCUGCAAGCUGGGGUAAGGGGUUACUGCUCACUGCGCCAGAAGGAGUCUUCGAGGAGUCUCGCUGCGUAAUCGACCAUCCAAAGCUGGCGAUUGGAAAACUGUUAAUUGCUUGCUUAUAA